AUGCCCAAGGCCAACUCCCCACCUCCCCAGUAUGUUCCGCUCAAGGACACCAAGCUCUUCAGCCCUUUGAAGCUUGGCGCUGUUGAGCUUUCCCACCGCAUCAUUCAGGCUCCUCUCACCCGUAUGAGGGCUGAGAAGGAAAGCCAUGGAGUUCACGUCCCCGGCAGUCGCGUGGUUGAGUACUACAGCCAGCGCGCCACCAAGGGUGGACUGCAACUCACCGAGGCAACGGACAUUUGCCUCGACGCCUCCGCGUACCCUGGCACGCCCGGCAUUUUCACAGAGUCCCAGAUUGCCGGUUGGAAAGCAGUGACCGACGCUGUCCAUGCCAAGGGCGGAUUCAUUUUCAACCAGAUUUGGCACACGGGACGAGCAUCCGGUCCCGGCAUGCUCAACAGCAAGGUCUCGCUCAGCUCGACCUCGCAGCCCAUGAAGGGCAAGUACCUGGACGGCUCGGAUUGCGCUGAAAACCCGCCCCGGCCCAUGACGGUCGAGGAGAUCCACGCCACAACUGCAGAGUUUGCUGCCGCAGCCAAGAGGGCAGUUGCUGCAGGAUUUGACGGUGUUGAGAUUCACAGCGCCAAUGGCUAUCUUUUGGAGCAGUUCCUUCACGACAACAUCAACACUCGCACCGACGAGUAUGGAGGUUCUGUAGAAAACAGAUGCCGCUUCACGCUCGAGGUGAUCAAGGCCGUGACCGACGCCAUCGGUGCAGACCGGGUCGGUAUCAGACUCAGUCCCUUCAACUAUUUCCAAGACACCAAGGACAGCGACCCCAAUGCACACUGGUUGUACCUCUGCGAGCAGAUUGCCAGUCUCUCCGAGUCGCAACGACCGUGCUAUGUCCACAUGGUUGAGCCCAGAUUUGACGAGGUCUUGGACGAGGAGCAAAAGCUGGCUGAGCUGUCCUCGUACACAUCCUCGGAGACUGGAUCUGCAAAGACGAAGAACUCGUUGACUCCCUUCCGCAAGGCCCUUCAGCCCGCCGGCAUCAAGUUUUUGGCUGCUGGCUCUUUUGACAGGGACAACGCCGGCCCCAAGAUUGAGGAUGAUCUGGCUGAUGGUAUUGUGAUGGGCCGUUUCUACAUCGCCAACCCAGAUUUGGUCGAGAGGCUAAAGGAAGGCUACUCCCUCAACCCCUAUGACCGAACGACUUUCUACGGCGCAUCGCCCCCAGAAAAGGGCUACUUGGACUAUCCUUUCUACGAAGCCGCGAAAGCCGUCGAGGUUCAGGCAUAA